GGCGUCUUAUAAUAUCAUUCAUUCUGUUAAUACCAACGACGGGCAGCGGAAUGGCCUCUUCUUCCUUUCGGUAGUUCUAUCUUGUUUGUCUUUCAUCGCACAGCGUGUGACUGUGGAGUCUCUCGACGAACUUCCUUGCCUGCAUCCAUCGCGUCGCAGCCGCAGACGACAUGGCACCCCAGCCCCUCACUGCUCUUUUCGUCCUCUCACUUUGUGUGCUCCCGUGGUCGAUAUGGCUUGCCGUCAACCUAUUCAUCUAUACAACAGUCCGCCCUUAUUUUGUUCAGAAUUGGCCUUCAGCCCCUCAAGCCAUCAGGAAAAAGGUCCUUCUAACGGGGGACGACGAUCAAGCUAUUCUGUCAAUCGCAAGAGUGCUGCACGCCUCUGGCAGCAUUGUGUUUGUUGUGAAACAUGAACGCAUACCGUAUCUUGGAUUCUUGCGCACCUCAAAGGCUAUCAAAAGAUAUGUUGGUCUUGCUAGCGGCCGCCUCACUCCAAUAUUGCGGCGCUUCGCAGAACGCUUAUUCCAAUUAGCCGCAACCUGCAAUGUCAGGUUCAAUCUUGGCAUUCCAAUGAAUUUUCCGGGAACAGUAUUACGACUCAUCGAAUCCGAGAAGGUCGAAGAGUGGAUUCAUUGCAACUCUUCGAAUCCAUCGACAGCAUACGCCCAAGCCCGAGAUAUAGUGUUGAAGCACUCCACGGCAAAGAUUUUCGGGCCUGAUAUUGAAGCAGCAAGGCUUGCUUUUGGCUACCAUGUAUUUGCUCAUCACAUGAAAGUUAACGAGAAAGAAGUUCGGUGCCCAAAAACCGUUACCGUUCGCAGCCGUGCAGAAAUUCAUAAUAUUCUGGGCAAUGCUACAGAAGGCCAGAAAUUCUUGCUCGAGAAGAUUGCCGCACCUGUUCAGGGAUUGGUCAAAGCCAACAGUAGCACGAAAAGAGAUUCCAGCUAUGCUGGUAGUGCAAGCACGCUUGUAGAUGGCAUCGCUUCAGACACAGACGACUUUGAAGAUGCGGGGACGUCGACGCCCGUCGACGAGUUUACGGUGCUUCCACAGCCUACGCUGAAUGAUACGUAUAGUGUCGUCGCAUCCAUGCGUGUCUCCAAAGACUCACCCUGGGUCAUGCAUGAGGUCAUUGAGGGCAAGCCGGGUACGAUCUCCACUCUAGUCAUUGACGGAAAGGUUCGCGCAUUUUCUGCGCGAACCGCCUUGCAUGACCGCACCUUUUCGACUGCGGCGAGGCGCGCCCCGUCGGUAAGACGAGCUCGGGUGAAUAUUGAGCACGACAUCAAAGAAUGGCAGCAAUUUGAGCAAACCACUUAUGUGGACCCAUACUCUACCAUAGGUGCAGCACUCUUGAAUUAUGCACAGCGCUUUGUCAAGACUUUACCUCAAAAGCCGUCGACGUUCCUCAACUUGCACUUCUUCCUCACGGACCGGGUGCUUGUCAACGGAGCAGAGCAGCAGAUCAUCGCCACAGGAUGCGAUUUCAACUUCUCACCACUGCUGGCACAACAGGCUUUGGCAUACGGGCUGGAAGAGGCUUUUGGACACGCAAUGACAGCCGCAGGUAAUUUCGAAACUGACGUAAUCUUACUCCCAGCGACAAACAAAUCUGCAACUGCCGAACACUACGCCUUACCUGUUCUCGGGCCCACGUCGAAGAGCUCAGACCCGCACGUCGCACUAUCGGAACUGUCAUUUACCGACGGGGUAAAUGCUAUUAUCGACUUCUGGAAUGCUCUAGCACAUGGAAGGGAUGCAAUUUUUGACGUCAAAGAUCUUGUCCCAUGGGUUUGGUUUUGGAUGGUGCAAACACCGAUCGAAGCAGCAUUUGAAGGUAUAGUAGAGAUAUUGGAAAGGGCUCAGUAGGUGGCUAUGGGACAGUAAAACAGCAACUAGUAGUCAUGAUUUGAUAACACACACCUAUGCUUGACGGUGAAUCGUGGUACUUGGGAAAAGAAAUAGUCUGUCAUUGAAACUUUGGUAUUAAAAAAAUUCAUCGCCGCAAAUGGUACAUGAACAGCAUUCCAGUAAGCCUUUUGAAAAGAGUAAUCAGGCAUAAGGUAAAUAUUGCUGACUGGAAAUUCUUCCCUCCAAAUUUCUUUUCUAAAAAGAAUCCUGGUUUAAAGAUCAGAAGUAGAGAUUCUUUAAAACACUGAGAAUAUUGAGCUAUCAUUGUUAUUGUACACGCUUCGGUAUGAUUCUUUCAGGCUUUAUGAACAAGAAAUUUACAAAUAAACGUAGAUUGAGUAAUCAAUAUUGAUGCACUCCUCGUCAC